AUGGGAACAAAGGUAUUGGUGUCUACUUACUGUUGCUCAGUCUCAAGCAACAUUCUUCUUCACCCAUAUUGGAGGCGUAUUCGUAUUGGGGUGCCAACAAGAAGAAGAAGAAGAAAUAAUAAUAAUAAUAAUAAUAAUAAUAAUAAUAAUAAUAAUAGGAGUCGUGUAACUUGUGAUGCUUUUCCUUCACCCUUAUUGGAGCAGAUGCACCACCACCACACAAUCUUUAUUUCUGUUGGCAGAUACAGAUGCUGGCACUCAUUGGCCAGUUAUUACACUUCAUUGGCUCUGUUUGUUAUCUCCGUGCCAGGCCUUUGGUCCCUCAUCAAGCGUUCUGUCAAAUCUAAGGUUGUGCAAAAGACCUUCAUAGGAGAAGGAGAGAAGAAGGCGCCUAGUCAGGUGGCCGGAGAAGUGCUUUCGUUUUUUACCCGAAAUAAUUUUUCAGUGUCGGACAGAGGAGAGACAAUAACAGGAGUGUAUUAUUGGAGCAAGGCUUCACGAAAGGAGCAGAUUAAGGUGAGGAUGCUGGUGGGUGAAGACGGGACCCUAUCCGAAACUAUUGUUCAAGGGGACGACCAACAGGUCGACCAAAUGAGGAAGGAGCUUCAACUCAGUGAAAAGGGGAUGGUCUAUGUGAAGGUCCACCUCCUUUGCUGGCGUCGUCGGCCCCAACGCCUUGAGCUCUUCGCCAGCGAUUGGAAAUUGUUCUCCGCGAGGCGGCCAAUUUCUGUAACCCGACCUUGUACAACAAGGCUCGAGGCGGAUGACAGUGAACUUGCCUUUAUACUGAAUUCAUCAAACGUGAGUCCGAUGCUAUUCGGGAGCUCAAGGGUUGAUAGCUUCAGCGGAGGCGAUCAAAAAUUGCAU